AUGCCCAAGAGGAAGGUCAGCUCCGCCAAGGGGGCUGCGAAGGAGGAGCGCAAGAGGAGAUUGGCGAGGGUGUCAGCUACACCGGCUCCCGCAAAAGUGGAAACGAAGCCAAAAAAGGCGGCAGGAAAGGAUAAAUCUUCAGACAAAAAAGUGCAAACGGGGCUUCCCUGGUGGCGCAGUGGGAAAAGGGGAGCAAAGGGAAAACAAGCUGAAGUGGCUAACCAAGAGAACGGAGAAACUAAAAACAAGGAGAGCCCAGCUUCUGAUGAAGCAGGAGAAAAAGAAGCCAAGUCUGAUUAAUAUCACACACCUGGUCCUAUCAGUGGCCCCAGUCUCCCUUCGUGUACAAUCCAGAGGAAUAUUUUUAUCAACUCUUUUGUAAAUGCAAGUAUUUUAGUAGCUCUAGAAAUAUUUUUUCAAAGGAGGGAAUCCCAACUCAUCCCAUUUUUUAAGUGUAAAUGCUUUUUUCUAAGAGAUGAAAUCAUUUGCUGGUUGUUUGUUUUUUUGGUAAAACCAGAAAAUAGUGGGAUAUUGAAUAUGGGAGGUUUUGAUUGUCUUGGGUGUCAGCUUAACAUUCCACAGAUGGA